AUGGCAGGUAAAAAAUUUGGAGCAAACAGUAAAUCAGAAGAAGCUCGUGCUAAAAAAAACGAAGUUAAAAAGAAUGAAAACGAAAGAAAGAUAAAAGAAAAAGAAGAUAAACUCUGGGAAGAAACUGAUGAAAAAAUUAUAACCAAACAAAAAAAACUUAAAGAAAAAGAAGAUAAGAAAAUGGAAGAAUUGAAAAAGAAAAAAGAGGCUAGAGAAUUAUUAAAAAAAGAAGAAGAGGAAAAUAGAGCUAAAUAUGGUAAGCCAACUGAUACCAAAGUUACUCGUUUCGAAAUUAAUCAACAAAGAGAAAAAGAACAAAGAGAAAGAGAAAGAGUUGCUGCUGCUAAUGCUGACCCAAGAUUAGUUGUCCCAAAGACUACUACUACCACUACUACAUCCUCUGAACAUAACUCUGAUGAAGAAGAUACCUUUGACCUUGAAGAAAAUAUGAAUCAUAUCCUUCGUGAACAAAGAUUAAAGGAAGGAGGUAAUGCUAUUGAAGCCAGAGAUAUUAACGAUGCUAUCGGUGCCCUCUCUAUUGAUAAAGGUGCUGACCAACACCCAGAACGUAGAAUGAAAGCUGCCUUUGCUGCUUACGAAGAGGUUAACCUUCCAAUUCUCAGAAAAGAAAACCCAAGUUUAAGAUUAACUCAAGUUAAACAAUUACUUUGGAAAGAAUGGUUAAAAUCUCCAGAAAACCCAAUCACACAAGCUAAACUCCAACAGCAACAACAACUUUAAUAAUAUAUUUAAAAUCAAAUAAUUUUAUUAGAAAUAAUCUAACCAAAUAUUCAACAAUAAUAAUAACAAUAUCAAUAAUUAAAUUAAUAGUAUUAGUAUCUGUAUAUAAUAAUUGCUUGAUUUUAAACUAAUUAGAAAAAUAUAAAAUUUAAAGAAAAAAAGAGAAUUUAAAAUAUAAUUAAACAAAACUCUUUUUAUUUCUUUUUUUUUUUUUCUAAAAUUUUAGAAAUCAACAAUUUAAAUUAAUACAUUUAAAAAAACAUUGAUAUUUUAUUAAAGGUUAGAUUACAUUCAGUUAGAUUUUUUAGAAGAAAAGAAGAAAGAAAGAAAUAGUAGGGCAGAGAAAAUUAUAAAUUUAAAAUUUUUUUUUUUUUUUUUAUUUGAAACUUUUUUUAAUUAAUAAUUUAAAAUAAAGUUUAAUGUAUAUAAUAUUUAAAACU